UUCUUGGGCGGCUCAGUACCAAUUGGUCCACGGACCGAUAUCAGUCCACGGCCCAGGGGUUGGGGACCACUGCUUUAAACUAUUUCUCCUUUCAGACCGUAAGUCUGACAUUCCCCCUUUUUCUUCCUGCUUUCAUGCAGUACCAGUCAUUCCACAUUCAACCUUUUCCUAGAAGUGACAGCUGGGGUAGUAAAUACGUAGGUGCCAGACCUGACAGACAACAUUCUUUAAUAAACAAAAGCUUAGAAUAUAUUCUCACAAGGUGAAACUCACAGUCAGUUUGACUGGAGAAAUGGAGCAACGUCUUAUGGACCAGGAGACAUUCUCUUGUUCGAUCUGCCUGGAUCUAUUGAGUAAUCCAGUGACUACUUCCUGUGGACACAGCUACUGUUUCACCCGCAUUAAGAUUCACUGGGAUCAAGAGGAUCAGAGAGGAAUCCACAGCUGCCCUCAGUGCAGAAGGACUUUUAAAACAAGACCUGACCUGUGUAAAAACACCAUCCUGUCAGCUUUAGUGGAGCAACUAAAGAAGACUGGACCCCAAGCUGCUCCUGCUGAUCACCGUUAUACUGGACAUGAAGAUGUGGCCUGUGAUUUCUGCACUGGGAGAAACCUGAAAGCCAUCAAGUCCUGUUUAGUCUGUCUGGCCUCUUACUGUGAGAAACACCUUCAGCCUCAUUAUGAUGUGGCUCCUUUAAAGAAACACAAGCUGGUGGAGCCGUCCAAGAACCUCCAGGAGAACAUCUGCUCUAAGCAUGGUGAGGUGAUGAAGAUGUUCUGCCACACUGAUCAGAAGCGUAUCUGUAGUCUCUGUUUACUAGAUGAACAUAAAGGCCACAACAUAAUUUCAGCUGCAGCAGAAAGGACUGACAGGCAGAGAGAGCUGGAGGAGAGACGAGGAAACAUCCAGCAGAGAAUCCAGGACAGAGAGAAAGAUGUGAAGCUGCUUCAACAGGAGGUGGAGGCCAUCAAUCACUCUGCUGAUAAAACAGUGGAGGACAGUGAGAAGAUCUUCACUGAGCUGAUCCGUCUCCUCCAGAAAAGAAGCUCUGAUGUGAAGCAGCAGAUCAGAUCCCAGCAGGAAACUGAAGUGAGUCGAGUCAAAGAUGUUCAGGAGAAGCUGGAGCAGGAGAUCACUGAGCUGAAGAGGAAAGACGCUGAGCUGGAGCAGCUCUCACACACAGAGGAUCACAACCAGUUUCUCCUCAACUACCCCUCACUGCCAGCACUCAGUGAGUCUACACACUCAUCCAGCAUCAACAUCCGUCCUCUGAGACACUUUGAGGACGUGGCAGCAGCUGUGUCAGAGCUCAGAGAGAAACUACAGGACGUCCUGAGAGACUCAUGGACAAACAUCUCACUGAUGGUCACUGAGGUGGAUGUUCUACUGUCAGAACCAGAAUCAGGACCAGAACCAACGACAAGAAUUGGAUUCUUGAGAUAUUCCUGUAAAAUCACACUGGAUCCAAACACAGCUCACAGAUAUCUGGAACUGUCCGAGGGGAACAGGAAGGUGACAAAAACAUAUGAAUCUGAGUCUCCUAGUCACCGAGACAGAUUUACUGAAUGUGAACAAGUUCUGAGUAAAGAGAGUCUGACUGGUCGUUGUUACUGGGAAGUGGAGUGGACAGACAGAAAAACUACUGUAGCAGUCGCUUACAAGAACAUCAGAAGAAAAGGGAGAGGGAAUCAGUGUAGAUUUGGGUACAAUGACAGAUCUUGGGCAUUAGAUUGUUCCCAAAAUAACAAUCUUUUAAGCUCAUUGAAGAGAAAGAAUUAUACAUUUUUGCACAACAAUAGUAAAACUUCCAUCUUUUCUCCUGAUUCUUCCACAAUAGGAGUGUACCUGGAUCACAGAGCAGGUAUUCUGUCCUUCUACAGCGUCUCUGAAUCCAUGACUCUAAUCCACAGAGUCCAGACCACAUUCACUCAGCCGCUACAUGCUGGAGUUUUGCUGCACUACUAUGAUGACUCUGCUGAAUUCUGUCAACUUAAAUAGAAUAAACUGAGACCUUAAUGUGUGUGAUUAUAGUGUGCAAAAAAGUUUUUAUUUUAUUAAAGUAAUUGAUUAGUUUCUUAAAUGCAUACUCUUACAAGAAAAUUUCUUUAAAAUUAUUAUAGCAGUAAAAACUGUAAAUAAAAUGACAAAAGAUUCCUCAGGUUGAAAAAGUGAAAUUAAUUCUUUAAUUCUGCUUGAACACAUUUUGUUGAGUAACACAUAAGAGAACAGUUACUGUCUUAUUGUGAACUUUAGCUGAUUUCAUGUUUUGUUGAUUUUUAGGAGCAGAAACUCCAGAAUAAACUGUCAUGUUGCUUCACUGUUUAUCUCUGUUGGUGAUGGGACACUGCCCCCUACAGGACAGCUGUUGUUGCUGAAGUCAUUGUCAUUUUCAUAAUUAUUAGCUUUGCUGAAUCGAUGUACUGUAUACAGUUGUUUUAACCCUUUUGAAUAAAAUUCUUAACAGUGUGAUGAUGUUUGUAUUUGUGUGUUCAUUGUAA